AUGUCGCGGCGCCGCGGCCGGCGGCCAGGGCCCCGCCUGUCCUGGCUGCUGUGGUGUGGCGCCCUGCUGUCCCCGGCCGCGGGCUACGUGAUCGUGAGCUCCGUGUCCUGGGCCGUCACCAACGAGGUGGACGAGGAGCUCGACGGAGCCUCCACGGAGGAGGCGCUGCCCGCGCUGCUGGGCGACUCGGGCAGCCUCUGGCAGCGGAGCUUUCCGGCCUCGGCGCACAAGGAGGACGCACACCUGCCUCCCCCGGAGGGCGCCGCCCGCGCCAGGCCGCCCCCCGCGCCGCCCGGAAUGUUCUCCUACCCGCGCGAGGGCGGCGCGAGGCUGCGCCCGGGCAUCGCCCGCUUCCUGGCCCACGCCAGCGCCUGGGGCUGUCUGGCCACCGUGUCCGCCCAUGAGAAGAUCCCAGGCCUGCCAUUUGGGACCUGCCUGCCCAUCAGUGAUGGCCCCUUCGACAACAGUACUGGGAUUCCUUUCUUCUAUGUGACACCCAAGGACCUCCUUGUGGCCGAUCUGAUGAAGAACCCCAUGGCCUCGCUCCUGCUGCCAGAAUCUGAGGGAGAGUUCUGCAGAAAAAACAUCGUGGACCCAGAAGACCCUCGCUGUGCCCGGCUAGUGCUCACUGGUCAGAUGGUCGCCGUGUCCCCAGAAGAAGUAGAAUUUGCCAAGCAAGCCAUGUUUUCAAGACACCCAGUGAUGAGAAAGUGGCCUCGGCCGUAUGAGUGGUUCUUCAUGAAGAUGAAGAUAGAACACAUCUGGCUUCAGAAAUGGUAUGGAGGAGUAGCUGACAUCUCCAGAGAGGAGUACUUCAGAGCCGUUCCAAGAAAGGCCUGAUGGAGGGAGAGGAAAGUCCUCGGUGCUUGCGUAAAAUGGAAACCUUUUACGCAGCGCCGCCGGAUAGCGGUUGACUGCUGUCUCUUUGUGGAAGGGUUCACAGCAGGCCUGUCACCCUGACAGCGAGCAGGACGAGAGCAGGUCACCGGGGACCCCUGUGCUGGCAGGAGAGUGAAGUGGCCGUUUGCAAAUCCCCAGAUCACACAGGGACUCCUCCUAGAGAGUCUGUUCACAUGCUUUCAAACCAGACUCACCUGUGUGGGAGCAUUGUCGGUUGUUAUAGUGACGUGUUGAGACAGCUGCUGUUCCAUUCAAACAAAAAUUCUGCCUGUAUGUACAACGUGAUUGUUUUGUAUUAUGAGAAUAUGUUUGUUGCUCGUUUGUUGCCCAAAGCCGUGUCUUGCUUCUAAGCUCAUUGCAACCACAGAAGAACUAAAUACGCGUCAGACAGCUGUCAUCUUGGGCUCAGGGUGAGGGUGCAGGAAUCUUUGUCUAUGGGUUACCAUCCUGCUGGGCUUCCCUGGUGGCUCAGUGGUAAAGAAUCCCACCUGCAAUGCAGGAGACCCAGGUUCGAUCCCUGGGUCAAGAAGAUCCCCUGGAGAAGGAAAUGGCAACCCACUCCAGUAGUGUUGCCUGGAAAAUUCCAUAGACAGAGGAGCCUGAUGGGCUACAGUCCAUGGAAUCAUAAAGAGUUGGACAUGACUGAGUGACUAACACUUUCACUUUUUCACUACCAUCCCUUUGUUGAAUGGCGGAUGCAUGCUUGAGUCUCACUUGCUAAAAUGCACUGGUCACUCAUGAAGCUUUCUCCCCCUGCAACGUGACAAACCACGUGAGAACGUCUGAGUUUGGUGCACAGCCCUGGUCUAGGUCAUGAUCAGGUCAUGACAGUGCAUUACGGGAGGGGCAGCUUCGGCAUCAGGCUCCCCAGACCCCCUCUCCUGGUGCUGUGACAAAGCGUCCCCUUCUCUUAGACACAGAGUGGUGCUCAGUCUGUGGUGUAGAGAGAAGAGGGGGAGAGGGAGAGGCUGGAAAGGAAGAAAAGGCCACAUAUAAGAAAAGGGAGGAAAGAAGUCAGUAGCUGAAGGCAUGCUUCCUGCCCAUCCAUGGGCCAGGCCCUCGACAGGAUCAUCUCACUGGAGUCUGACAACCAAGGAGACACAUCAUCGUUGCCACUUUCAAACAAGAACACUGAAGCUCAGAGAGCUGAAGUCAGCAUCCAGGACCUGACUCCAGCAUGCACGGCACACAGUGGACAGAGUGGGGCCCAAACAACGUCCAGUUCUAAGAACAAGACAAGAGUUCCUGAAAUACACAGGCAGUCACUAAAUCAGCAAAAUCUAUAAAGCGAUGACUGACCUAACUGUGGAUGAUUGGCUACUAUUUUCUACCAAAAAAAUAGAACAAGUCUCUGAAAUUUGAUUAUUACUUUAGAUUUUAAAUUUUCUACAAAUUAUACACAGGAGUGCCCACAUCAUACUUUUGUGUAUACCUAAGGCCUUCAAGGACCUAUGAGUACACAUUUGAGACCACUUACAUUUGAAAUUUAUAAGGGAUCUAGCAAGACCCAGUUUUCUGCCUUUUUAUAAUGACUCUAAACCCUCUUUGGUGGGUUAGGUAUGUUGUAUAAACAUUAAAAACACAACAUGAAAAAUAUAGGAAAUAUUCACUCAAUGUAUGACCAAAAAAAAAUAAUAAUAAUAAAAAAAUAAUUAAAAAAAUAGUGUUAUUAAUUGUUACACUUUUGUUUAAAAAAUUAAGACAUGAAGAGAGUUUGAGUUGUCGAAAUAUUUUUAAGUGCCUAUUUUAAGUGCUAUUUUAAAAGCAUAGUCAAAUACACAGAAUUCUUUAUUUAUCAAAAGUCAAGUCACAAAGCAUUCUUUAACAAUAGCAAUGUCUAAUAUAGAAGAAUAAAGUAAAUUUGAGGGUAAAAAUAGAGCUACCAUAUGACCCAGCAAUCCCACUCCUGGGCAAGAGGAGAGAAAACCAUAAUUCAAAAAGACACACACACCCUGAUGUUCAUAGCAGCACUGUUUACAAUAGUCAGGACGAGGAAGCAGCCUAAAUGUCCAUCAACAGAGAAAUGGAUAAGAAGAUGUGGUACAUGUAUACAAUGGAAUAUUACUUAGCCAUAAAAAGGAACAGAACUGUGCAAUUUGAAGAGACGUGGAUGGACCAAGAGACUCACACAGAAUGAAGUAGGUCGGAAAGAGGAAAACAAAUAAUGUAUAAUGUUACUUACAUGUGGAAUCUAGAAAAAAAUGAUACAGAUCAACUUAAUUGCAGGGCAGAAAUAGA